AUGCGACCAGCUAAGCCAGGCUCUCCGCUGCCGGCGCUCCUCUUGUUGGCGCUGGCUUUGUCCCCGCCAGGGACCCAGGGAAGGCCCCGGGGGCGCAGAGCAGCUCCUGUCGUCUCAGAGCCCAAACCGUUGCUUUUCCUCCCUGCAGCGGGGACGCGCCCGGCUCCUAGCGCCUCCAGGAGCUCAGAAAUAUUCCCAAGAGAUUUGAACUUAAAAGACAAAUUCAUAAAGCAUUUCACAGGGCCAGUCACAUUUUCAGCUGAAUGUAGCAAACAUUUCCAUAGACUGUAUCACAAUACCAGGGAUUGCUCAGUGCCAGCCUAUUACAAAAGAUGUGCCAGGUUGCUAACAAGAUUGGCAGUGAGUCCACUCUGCUCGCAGACCUAG